AUGCUGGCCUAUCCACCUCCAUUUCCUCUUCCUGAUCUCAAUGUCUAUGGGCAUCUGCCUUAUUUUUAUGACAAUUACUGCUUGCUAUCUUUACAAAAAUGUCUAGUUGAAGGAUUUUUCCUAGUUCAGGAGAAAGAAUUGCCUUCUGAUAUUGAUUUGGGGUACCAAAUGUUCCCGAUUCCUAAAUAUUUCAAACCAGGUGAAAUUUGGGGAUCAUUGGAAGCUCUGCUGACGUACAUUAUAUUUCUAGCAGUAAUAGUCUCUACAAAUCUCCCAGUUCCAAACAUUGUUUCAGAAAAACAAACAGGAGCCAAGGAGCUGAUGCGACUGAUGGGAAUACGGCGUGAGGUGCUGUGGGGAGGCUGGCUGAUGAACAUGCUCACUUUCGGCCUGGUCAAUGUCACCUACACCACCCUCCUGCUCAAAGUCCAGUUCAAACAAGACUUCUCUGCUCUCCUGCCAAAGACAAACAUCAUUCUUCUCUGGAUUGUUCUUGUGCUAUUCCUUGUAACAAUGGGCUUGUAUGCUCUGUUCUUCUGCUGUUUGUUCAAGAAACCUCUGUUGGCGAGUUUUAUCAUAGUAUUGGCAAAUAUGAUUCCAAUCUCUGCCUUGGUUGGACCAAAGUUGUUGGAUGAUAAAGGAACGUUUUUGAAUAUUUUGGCGUGUAUUGUUUUUCCUCAAUUCAACUGGAGUAGAACUGCAAAACUACUUGUCAGCUUUGAAUCCCAAUGUGAUGGAAUGAACUUUUUGAAUCUUUUCAAAACGUGUGAUAAUUCUACUGGCAGUAUUGAAAUGAUUUGGCUUCUAUUGAGCUACCUACUAUGUUGUUUGUUAUACUCGACACUAAUUUGGUAUUUCGAUAACAUAAUGCCUGGGGAGUAUGGUACUGCCAAGCCUCUCCACUUUCCAAUCCAGCUAUUCUCUGAAAAAACGUAUGAUGCUAUAAAGGAAGAUAUGGAUUUAGACGAGACUUUCUUUGAGAAACCAGAACCUAACACCAAAGUGGGCUUGUCAGUGCGUAAUUUGAUGAAGGUGUUCAAGGGCGAUGUGUACGCUGUGAAUGGAGUCAACUUGGAUGUCUAUGACGGACAAAUUAUGGCCCUGCUGGGUCAUAAUGGCGCUGGAAAAACUACAACCAUGUCAAUGAUCACAGGAAUGUAUUCUCCAAGCUCUGGAGAAAUCUACGCUUCUGAUAACGGUGAACUGUUCAAUGUUUUCGAUAAUAUGGAUAGGUUCAGAAAAAGCCUGGGAUUGUGUCCUCAACAUAAUUUAGUUAUACCCUAUUUGACUGUUCUCCAACAUUUAACGUUCUUUGGUAUGUUGAAGGGAUUGGAUAAAAGCCAAGCUCAAAGUGAUGGUUUGGAAUGGCUCCGUAAAUUCAACAUUCUGGAUAAGCAGAACAACUUUGCUGCAAAAUUGUCUGGAGGAAUGAAAAGAAAAUUAUGUCUUGCAAUUUCACUGAUUGGAAACCCAAAGGUGCUUAUAUUGGAUGAACCAACGUCAGGACUAGAUCCAGAGUCAAGACGAGAAUUGUGGAAUAGUUUAUUGGAGCUACGCCAAAACCAUACGAUAAUUAUAACCACCCAUUUCAUGGAAGAAGCCGAUGCUCUUGGCGACAGAAUAGCUAUUAUGGAUCAUGGAAAAGUAAUCUGCUCUGGUAGUCCAAUGUUCCUUAAGAAAUUAUACGGUACUGGAUACAACUUGCAAUUGUUAACAAAUGCAAAUGCAAAUAGGAAUGAAAUUACUAAAUCAAUCAAGGACAUUAUACCCAACAGUUCUUUGAAAACUAGCCAGCAAGGCCAACUGACCUACUCCUUGCCAAUUGAACAAUCAAAGAAAUUUGCUUUGCUUUUUGAAAGCCUCGAAAAAAAUAAAACUUCAUUUGGUAUUACAAGCAUUGGUAUUUCGCUAACAACUAUGGAGGAAGUUUUUCUGAGAGCUAGUGUUGAUUCUUCUCAGCUUGUUCAAAAUGAUGGCGUUGAUGAAUACGAAGUGGGAUCAACUAGCAAUACAACGAGAAGUCCAAGCAUGGAAUCAAAAAUGAAUAGAAGAAGCACAGAACAUUUAACAGAAAAAUCUGUUUUAUCGCAGAAAAAACUGACUGGUCCACCAUUGAUUGUACAGCGCUUCACAUUAAUUUUCAAAAAGAAAUUCCUAUGCUACUACAGAUCCAUUUAUAACAAUUCAAUCUAUCUGUUCAUCUCUCUGGCAUGUUUUAGUGUUCUUGGCUGGACAAUAAGAGGUAGUACAAAGGCUGUCUCCCCAAGAAUAAUUAAUUUGAACCUUAACGAUAUGUACAGUAAUACGAAGGUUGUGAUAACGUACAAAGAAACGGAAGAAACGAAUGCUGACAUUUACAAAAACCUGGUUCCUAAAAACAUGGAAACGCUCUUCCUGAAGGACUCGGACAUCAAUCAAACAUUGCUUGAGAAAGGUCGUGGAAAUAUAGAAGCCUACAAAAAAGAUUACGUGGUUGCAUCGAGUUGGGAUUCAAAAUCAGCGACAGCGCUGUACUCAGGUUUCAGCUACCACGGCUCUGCCAUCUCAGUGAACAUGCUGCUGAAUGCUAUCAUCAAGUCAACCGGACUGGAGACCACGCUCUCCGCUUCCUAUCAGGCUCUUCCUCUCAAACAGUCUCAGAAGAGUUCAUUGUGUGAUACGAACCAACUAGUUUUGCUGAUCAUAUCAUUCACAAUGCUCAUACCAUUCGGACUGCUAUUCUUCCUGGGAAAUAUGGCCUUGUUUCCAUUACAAGAGCGAUUGAAUGAUGCAAAACAACUUCAGCUGAUGACCGGCCUAUCUCCGAUCACUUAUUGGCUGGCAAUAUUCAUCUGGGAUCUGCUAAUGUAUGCUAUCCUGAUGGCAUUAGCUGUUGGUGUGUUAGCAAUAUUUGAUCAUGGAACUGGCUUUGUAACCUCUUCACCUUCUCUUUCUGUCUUCGUAUUGCUACUUUUCCUGUUUGGCUUCAGUGGAAUUGUCUAUGCAUACUUCUUCACUUUCUUAAUGAAAUCAAGCUCAGCAGUGUCUCGUUUCGUGACUGUCAAUAUGCUCAUUGCUCUUGCAACACCUAUAGUUGCUGCUAUAGUGAGCAGCUUUAUUAGUAAAGCUCUUGGUGGAGCAUUCUUGUCCGUUAUACGACUUAUACCACCAUGUUGUCUGGGAAAUGCACUGUUCAGAUUCGUUCUUCUUAGAUACAAUCAUCUGUCUAGCUUGCACUGCAAAAAUGAAUCUACAGAACUGACUUACUUUGGAUGGGAUGACCAACAUUUAUCGAAAGAUGUAUUUUUCUUAGUGAUCGGUUUCUGCUUGUAUGUGUGCCUGAUUUCUCUUCUGGAAAUUCAAGCGUGGCAAAUGUUUCUGGAAUACAUUAGUAGUAAAUUUAUGAAAGUAUCAUGCACGGAUGAUGACGUUCCAGAACUUGACGUUGAUGAUGACGUAAGAAAAGAAAGGAAUGAAGUAGUCGCCAGCCGUAAUACAGGAGCGCCGACGCACCGUGUGAUGGUGGUAGACGGUUUGGCGAAGCGUUUCGGGCGGUUCCGCGCGGUGCGGGGGGUGAGCUUCCAGGUUGGGUCGGGCGAGUGCUUCGGCCUGCUCGGAGUCAAUGGAGCCGGCAAGACCACCACUUUCAAGAUGCUCACUGGCGCCCUCCUCCCCACUGCCGGCACUGCGCAAAUCACCAACUACAGUCUGCAAAACAAUCGAUCCAAGUACUUGUCACAAAUAGGCUACUGCCCUCAGUUUGAUGGAAUCAAUGGUCUGCUCACCGCCAGAGAAACACUGAUCAUGAUUGGUCAGCUCAGAGGGAUGCUGAAACCAGUUGCCGAAAAACAAGCCGCCUAUUGGAUUGAUCUUCUAGGUUUGACCGAGUUCGCAGACAGACAGUGCUGCAACUACUCUGGCGGCAACAAGCGGAAGCUGAGUGUGGGCAUGGCUCUGAUGGCCGACCCAGUGCUGCUCUUCCUCGAUGAGCCAACCAGCGGCGUCGACCCCGUUGCUCGCAGGAAGCUCUGGCUGGUGCUCGCCAAAAUACAAAAGGCCGGGCAAUCGGUGAUGCUUACAUCGCACAGUAUGGACGAGUGUGAAGCUCUUUGCAACAGACUGACCAUUAUGGUGAGAGGCCAAAUGAAGUGUAUUGGAAACAUUCAGUAUUUGAAACAGCGCUUUGCACAAGGCUUCACAGCCAUUUUAAAAAUUCAACAAAUGCAUGGGCAAAAUCAGCUGGAACGCGAGGCAACACUCAAAGAAGAAUUCUCCAGGAGGUUUGGCUCCUGUGAAAUAAUCAGCGAAACAAUUGGUACUCUACAAUAUCACAUAAAGACUACAAGCAUUCCUUGGUCUCAGUUGUUCAAAACGAUGGAUGAAUUGAAGAAUCAGUUUGAUAUAAUUGAGGAUUACACUUUAAGUGAGACAACACUGGAGCAGGUGUUCAUUUCAUUUGCCAAAGAAGAUACAAAAUGAAUAUAGAAGAGAUUUUUGUUUAUAAACAUCAUUUAAAUAAUAUUACCAAAUCAUAUUACUCAAAUCAUCACAUUGGAACUAUCAGGCUACCAGCAAGUGAGAGGAGACUAUUUUUAUCAAACUCCAUUUUAUAGAAGUACUGCUUUUAACUAUGCGCUAUAAUAGAUUUUGAUUAUUCAAUUUCAAUAUUUAUUGGAUUUUACCUGUUAUUCUAAGAUUCUUUCAGGACAUGAAUCAAAACUAUUCCUGAGAAUAAGUAAAUAUUUCCUAAAUUAUUAUUCUAGUCAUGUGAUGAUGUUGUACUGUAUUAUAUAAGAUUUAUAACAAUAUGAUACGUGAUUUGAA